AGCUCAUUCAACAACCUUUUAGGUGCGUGCGGUGCAAACACCUAUCUGUUGAGAGUAAUAAAUUCCUUACAAGUUAACUCAGCCUGUGUAGUACCCGAGGUGAAAGUGGAGUUUGAUCUUUAGGUGAGAGGAGGAAGCUUCAAGACAAACACGAGAUUCCUGGUACUGUCCUCAUGUAAUUUGUCACAUGCAGUAUUGUUUGGGUCGGCUGGAAUGAUACACAGCAUGCCAGUUUACUGAGAGUUUUACAGCAGGGGACAGAAUGGACCUUACAGAAGCCCCCCAAGGGACCAGCGUGCCCCCUUCUCCUACUCCCCCUCCAGGGGGUAGAGCUGUCCUGGUUACUGUGGAUAUAGUGGUUCUCGUGGUCUACUUCCUACUGGUUUUGGCUGUUGGUUUCUGGUCCAUGUGGAGGACGAAGCGCAGCACGGUGGACGGAUACUUCCUCGCUGGGAAGAGCAUGACCUGGUGGCCAGUGGGUGCCUCGCUGUUUGCCAGUAAUAUCGGCAGCGGACAUUUCAUCGGCCUGGCAGGGUCAGGAGCUGCUGCAGGAAUUGGGGCUAUUGCAUAUGAGUGGAAUGGCAUGCUGAUGGUGCUGCUGCUGGGAUGGCUCUUCCUGCCCAUUUACAUUGCUUCUGGGGUGACGACCAUGCCAGAAUACUUGCAGAGGCGUUUUGGUGGUAGAAGGACACAGUUAUUUAUAGCCGUCCUGUCCUUAUUUAUUUACAUUUUCACAAAGAUAUCGGUGGACAUGUAUGCAGGUGCACUGUUCAUUCAGCUCGCUUUACGCUGGAACAUCUACCUGGCUGUGGUGCUGCUGCUGUCAGUCACCGCUCUCUACACGGUAGCAGGUGGUUUGGCUACAGUCAUAUACACAGAUGCUGCUCAAACUGCUAUCAUGCUGAUAGGAUCGCUCAUCCUCAUGGGCUUCAGCUUUACAGAGAUCGGAGGCUGGAAUGCACUCAUGGAGGGAUAUUUCAACGCCAUCCCCUCGACCCGUGUGCCAAACUCAACCUGUGGCAUCCCUCGAGCCGACUCCUUCCACAUAUUCAGAGACCCUGUGAACUCUGACCUGCCUUGGCCUGGCGUCAUCAUUGGGAUGUCCAUCCCCUCCAUGUGGUACUGGUGUUCAGAUCAGGUGAUUGUGCAGCGAUCCUUGGCUGCUAAGAAUCUGACCCAUGCUAAAGGUGGAUCACUGCUGGCAGCUUAUAUGAAGAUUCUGCCUUUCUUUGCCAUCAUGCUGCCAGGCAUGAUCAGCAGGAUACUUUACACAGAUGAUGUGGCGUGUGCAGACCCUGAGUUGUGUAAAGAGAUUUGUGGAAACCCAGUGGGCUGUACAGACACCGCCUACGCCAGGCUGGUCAUGGAGCUGCUGCCUGCAGGUCUACGAGGUUUGAUGAUGGCAGCAAUGAUUGCUGCCCUCAUGUCUUCGCUGACUUCAAUCUUCAACAGUGCCAGCACUAUUUUCACCAUGGAUUUGUGGAAGAGUUUCAGAUCCCGUGCAACCGAGUGGGAGCUUAUGAUAGUGGGCAGGGUGUUUGUGCUUGUGCUUGUUGUGGUGUCCGUGCUUUGGAUUCCUGUCGUCCAGGCCAGUCAGGGUGGACAGCUUUUUAUCUACAUUCAGUCCAUCAGCACAUACCUCCAGCCCCCAGUCUCCAUCAUCUUCAUCCUGGGCUGCUUUUGGAAGAGGACUAAUGAGAAGGGUGCAUUCUGGGGCCUUGUUAUUGGCCUGGUGGUGGGCUGCAUCCGCAUGUUGUUGGACUUCAUUUACCCUGCGCCCCUGUGCUAUGAGGAGGAUGACAGGCCUGGGGUGUUGAAAUAUGUCCAUUAUCUGUACUUCUCCAUCUUGCUGUCCAUCAUCACCAUGAUUGUGGUGGUUGCAGUCAGCCUUGCUACAGAGGAGCCCAAACCAGAACAGGUUAGUGGCCUCACCUGGUUCACAAGGUUUGACUCAAUGGGGCCCAAAGAGCAGGUCUUCUCAGUGGAGCGGAGCACUGUAGCCUUAGAUAAGAUUACUAGCCACACGAAUGGGACGGGAAUCACAGGAGAGCAGGAAGGGGGGAAUGGAAAGGCGAGUCGUCACAGGAAAGACUCUUCAUCCUCCGUGUCCAGUGUCCAGAGCCAGUCCAGGCUGCUGUCUGCCCUCUACUGGCUGUGUGGGAUGGAAACAAGGAGGGAGGGAGAUGACAAUCCUGCGACGCCUCCGCAGCCUGAGCAGGCUACCUGUUCCCUGGAAGAAAAAACACACCUGCGACUCCUUGUCAAUGUCAACCUCAUCAUUUGCCUCUCUGUAACUGCCUUCAUCGUUGGCUACUGGGGCUGACAGACAGGUUGGAACACUGGACACGUGGUGUAUGGACUGGGUGACAACUGUGUACAGACUUUGAAAAUCUUUUCUUCUUCCACUUUCUUCUUGUAUCACUCCUAACACUGACAGUAAAGUGACACGUCCAUACAGUGUUGCUGUUUUCUUCAGAACACAUGAAGAAAAUAAUGAUUUACUUAUAAAUCAAUCACGUGCCGGUACGAUUUAACAACAUUUGUAGGUUUGGUGACAUACGUGGAAAUAGUCCAUCCAUCCAUCCAUUUUCUAUACCGCUUAUCUGUCAGGAUCGAAGGGGGGCCUGGAGUCUAUCCCACCUGACUACGGCUAAGAGGCAGGUGGCACACCGGACUGGUCGCUAGGCAAUGUUUAUGUAAAAUAUUUAGAUUUACACUGCCUUUAAAAAAAAAAAAAAAAAAAAAUUAUAGAGCUGAAAUUGACUGAUGCAAGCAAAGUCUUUUUCUCACUUCAAACUCACAUUUGUUUAAAGCUUUAUUAUAGACAAUUACAACUUUGACAAAAGGACAGAUGAGAAGAAGCUGACAACACUUUAAAAAUAUUCAACAAUCUUUAAUUAUUAUGAUGCAUGGUAUGAUGAAUUAUGUGCGGAAAAGCCAACAUAAAAAUGAAAAAAUGAAUAAAAAAAAAGACAUAAUUAAAGAGCUGAUAUACACCCCAACAAGAAAAAGAUUGUCAGCUGCAAUAAAAAUAAUAUGCAAAGAUAAUUAUUUGGCUGCAUUUGGACAAAAACUCUGAGCUUGAGUGGGAGUGAUCAGUUACAAGAUAUGUAUUAAAAACAGUUAUCACAGUUAAUUUAUUUUUUAAAAAAUCCCUUUAAUGAUAAAAGCUAGUCUUUGAGCAUCUAAAGCCAUUUUGAGCUUUGUAAAUCAGGUCAAUGGAAAUCAAAUAAAAUUCAGAUGGAAUUCAAAAUAAAUUUCUACCCCUGCUUUACUCGAAGGAAAACUACCAGAAAUACCACAAAUUACAGCACAUGUGCUGUGGAGGACACCACAGGACUGAAUUUUAUAUUGCACUCUUUCCAAAAUAUUUUUGUCAUUAGCAACCAUAAUAGCUGAACAGCUCUAAUUUUUCUAAUGAAUUUUCUUUGGCCCAUGUCCACUUCUUUGGUCCUUGACAGUAGUAUGUAUAGUGUGGUGCUGAAGCAUGCAGCAAUUAUUGAGAAGUUCUUCUAAGCUGAACGUCCCAUUUAGCCAGUUCAAACUGACAAACUGUAAAAUGAUUAUAGAAAUUGCUGCUGAAUGAAAAAAUACUAGUUAUUGAGUCUGACCCGGUGCUAAAACCCGACUCACAUAUUUGUCUCCAAACACAUUGAACCUGUACUAUUGAACAUUACAAGAAAAAAAAAGUGGAAGCAGGAGACAAGUGAAUCUAGGAGUUCAACU